AUGGCGACAAGAAUCCCCUUCGACGAGUCCUUUUGGCAGGAAUACCUCGCUGGUCAAGAGGCACAACUGCCUGCUCUUGCGGAUGUGGAAGAUAUCAGUGACCGCGUAGUCCGCGUUUUCGCAGACAACCCGGGAGCGAUGCAGUUGCAAGGCACGAAUACGUAUCUCGUUGGAACGGGCACGUCACGGAUCCUGAUUGACACUGGUGAACUCCUCGAGGAACGUGCCCUCGAUAUUGCCUUCGUUUUGCUCACGCACUGGCACGGAGACCACACAGGUGGCGUGUUUGAUCUCGUCAGACACGACCCGAAGCUGAAAUCCCGAGUUUAUAAGAACCAGCCCGACCGCGACCAAAACCCUAUUACCAACGGACAAAGAUUCCAGGUCGAAGGCGCCUCUGUCCGAACCGUUCUCACACCCGGCCACUCCAUUGAUCACAUGUGUUUCUUGUUGGAAGAAGAAAACGCCCUCUUUACCGGCGACAACGUGUUGAGUCAUGCCUUCUCAGUUGUCCAGGACCUCGCGGAAUACAUGAAGAACCUUGCGCGCAUGGAGGAGCUGGCAUGUGUGAUCGGGUACCCUGCACAUGGCGCCAAAGUUGACGAUUUGCCGAUGAAGAUGCAGGAGUACAUCAAACACAACGAGUUGCGCGUCCAACAGGUCAUCUCGACAUUAUCGUGGAAAAGAGCGAUGACACUUCCCGAAAUCGUAAGGUCCAUCUAUGGAGAUGUACCAGCCGAGGUCGUUGACAAUGCCAUUGUUCCCUUCCUGUCGCAGGUUCUUUGGAAGCUUGCUGAAGACCGAAAGGUUGGAUUUCAGUCAGGACAUUCGAACCAGAGGCGAUGGUUUGGGCUGUGUUCCGAUGGCAUGGUAUCGUACAGGUGA